UCAUUUUUUUAAUCACGCGCUUCUCUUGCGCUUUUCGGCACCAUGUCGAGGCCAGUAGUCAAUGGAAUGUGCUCGAAAGAGGUCCGAGGCGAUCCGAAGACGGCCAAGGCAAGCAAGGCUCGGCCGGGGACCACUCUUAUAGGAAGACACCUGAAGCACCCCUUGCAGAACAGGUGGGCCCUCUGGUUCUACAAGAAUGACAAAAGCAAAGUGUGGCAGGACAACUUAAAGAUCAUCACAAAGUUUGACACGGUUGAAGACUUCUGGGCAUUGUACAACAACAUUCGGCCGGCGAGCAAGCUUUCGUCUGGCUGUGAUUAUGCUGUCUUUAAGGAUGGGAUUGAGCCCAUGUGGGAAGACAGACGGAACAAGUGUGGCGGACGCUGGCUCAUUACUCUGUCCAAGCAACAGAGGCACACGGAGCUCGAUCACUUCUGGCUUGAGACGCUCCUCUGUAUUAUUGGAGAGGUCUUUGGCGCUUUCAGCAGGGAUGUGUGUGGAGCUGUGGUUAAUAUCCGUGCAAAAGGUGAUAAAAUUGCCAUGUGGACCACAAACACUGAGAACAAGGAGGCUGUCACUUUUAUCGGGCGCAAGUACAAGGAAGGUGUUGGGCUGCCAACGAAACUUGUGAUUGGCUAUCAAGCUCAUGCUGACACAGCGACUAAGAGCAACUCCAUAAUCAAGAAUAAGUUUAUUGUAUAAUGUGGGUGUUCAGAAUUGAGUUUGUCCACACUUGCAACUUUCCAUAAUUGCAUCCUUUCAGGUCUGGUUGGGUGACGGACCCCUGCGUUCUUCCGAACCCCAAUGUUGGUCGAGGCUUGUCGUAUCGUCACAUAGGCUGCAGAUGUGUGUACAACGCAUAAACAUUUCCAUUUGUGUUCAAUGUAGAGCUUUGAUUCUUUGGUUGUUUUCUGCUUUCUGUCGAAUAAAGCAUCAAUACAAG